CACUGUCCACAUACGCUUCUGGCGCGCGCAUCUCAUCUGCGUGCAGAUAGUGUUCUCUGUAGAAAACAGCCAUUUAGAACUCGUCUAAAGUUACAAAUCUCGCAGCAUCCUUCCGAAUAAUUAACAUUUUGGAAUUAUUUUAAGAAUUUGACCGCUGGGGUCAAAUCUAGUUUUUUAUCAAUGUAUAUAGACGCGUUUAAACGGAUGAUAUUUGAACGGCUAAAUUGUUUGAAAAGAAUGUGUGUGUGUCAGCGGCAGUGCAGUUCGUUGGCCAUGUCUAAGGUUGCAGGAAAGAAGCUGCACUGGCGCUCCAAAGUGCAGGAGACUUUCAUACCGCUGGUGGGCGGCUCUGGAGAGUUGGGAAUUGCCAUUGGAGGUGGGGCCGAUUAUGGAGAGUUCCCAUUCGUCACCGCUGCACCAGGGGGAGGGAUCACAGUUGGCGAUAUCAUCAUAGAAAUCGGGGGAACUCCUGUUUUGGGCCUGACUUUAGGAGAUGUGCGUGGGCUUCUAAACUCCUGUCCCCAUCCAAUCCGCAUCAAAUCAGUGUCUCCAGGCUCAACUCUAUGCAAGGAUCUAAGGUUAUACCUGAGCAAAUGUUUCACACCGGGUUCAAUGGACAGUCAACUCCAGCAGGUGAUCCGAGAAAACCUCUACUUGAGAGCCGUGCCCUGUACGACUAGACAGCCAAGAGACGGCGAGAUCACGGGAGUUGACUAUAACUUUGUGACCGUUGAGGAGUUCUUCUCGCUGGAGGAGUCGGGGGCGCUGUUGGAGAGCGGAAAGUUCAAAGGGAAUUACUACGGAACCCCUCGUCCGGUUCACAUCGGUCCAGAAAGCCCGCCCAUCACCUAUCAGGAGCACCGCAACCUGCUGAGAAACUUCCGUACCCGUAGCAAGUCCCUCAGCAACCUGGAGAAGGCUGGCGAGGAGGGCGACAACAGUGAGGAGGACUCAGGUCUAUCAGGUGGUUCGGCUGGAGCAAGCAGUGCCCCCGCCCCCACUUCAUCCCCCAGCCAAUCACGAGAGUCAAGCGGAGGAGACGGCAGUGCCUUGGAGAAUGGGCUCGGACCCCGUAGAGGUGCACGGGUGACAGGGUCGGAAAACUGGGAGAUGAUGUACAGUGACUCAGGGAAUGCCUAUUACAAAGACCAUCAUCUAAAGCCAUCCUCUUGGCUUAAUCGCCGAACUCACAGCAGAGAGAAUGUCUGUAUGACAGAAUACAUUUCAAAUUCAUGCAUUUGGCAGACACUUACAGACUUACAAAGCUACUUACAGUGCAUUCAAGUGGCAGAGUUUACAGACCAGCCGAGUGAAUUGAGAGGCUUCUCCGUUCACACUCGUUUGGUGAAGGGUCCACGGGGCUUCGGCUUCAACAUAGUGGGAGGCAGCAGGCGGAGGGAGUUCCUGCAGAUUUACAGCAUCACUCCCGGAGGACCUUCAACACUUAACACAGCGGACAUUCUGGUGUACAUCAAUGAUACCUGUGUGCUUGGCUUCUCUCACAAAGAGGUAGUGGAAAUGUUGAAAGCCAUCCCGGUGGGUCACACUGUAGAUGUUGUGGUUCGAAGAGGCUACCCCAUGCUCUAUAACUCUGACGGCUGCCCUAAGAUGCCCAAUUCUAGGCUAACGGCUUCCCAAGACCAGUCACUACAUCUACCUCCACCAACCACCACCCAACCCCAGGCCCAGGCUCCUCUCCCAUACUCACAGCCACACCUCAGCCACAACGGUCCCAUGUGGUCUGAUUUUGAGAGGGAAUCCUCAAGGAAUCUCAGAGUACGGGCAUCAAGGUUCAGUCUGGAUGCUAAUGGUAAUUCACCUCCUAUUGCUUCACCUCAAAGACCUCCAUCAUCAUACCAGUACUCUAACGGGUACGGGAGUGGAUUCCUGAGACCGCCACGCACUGCAAGAAGCAUAAGGAGGUUACAGAGUGCAGAACUAGCCAGCCAGAGUGACAGUGAGGUGGUGUCUGCGAUUGGAUCACAGAGGGCCUCGGUCAUCCGUAACCACAACAACAACUCUCUCUCCACUCCACCACCUCUACGCCUGUACUCCUUCAAAUCUUCUGAGAGUGACCUUUCCUCAAGUACUCCACCGCCCAUAUCUCGAUUGCCCCUACCCCACACAGAACUAAGUCCGGGUCCUGUUGCUUUCUCUCCAGGAGGAGGAAGGCGCUACUCCCAUCUCCGUAAACCACAGCAUUCACUGCUAACCCCACCUAGCAGUGCCCAUUCAGACGGGCCUUACUUCACCUUCAACGGCACAGCCAGUGCCAGCAGUGGCAGCCCGAACAGCAUUCCUUCACCCGGAGCCAUGAGCGCUGUGAUUGGCAGUGGAGUUGGAGGAAUGGCGGGAAGUGGGGAAUUAGUCCCUGUUGCCUUGGCUAAAUGUGAGAGGGGCAGCAAUAUGGGGUUCAGUGUGACAGCAGGAGGUCAUGGAGGCAGACAGACCCUUGUAAAGAAAGUUUGGGACCACAGACAGUGUAAUGGGCUGCAGUCUGGAGAUGCCAUUGUGAAGAUCAAUGGUGCUGAUGUACAAAGUCUCAGUUUUGCACAGGUCCAAAGGAUUUUGCAAGAACACACUAAAAAAGGAGAGGUUAUUCUGCUGGUUUACAGAGGGGGCACCUCACAUUUCUCCAAUUCCCCUAAUUCUGUGCGGCGACUAACUCCUCCCCCUCCUCGCUCCGCCUCCGACUCUGAAGUCCCUCUUACCGACUCUGUGCCAUUAUCGCGUAACUCUCUCACUCCGCCCUCUCCAGCGCUGGUGCGCUCCUCAUUGGUCCAGAGCACCAGCUUCCUGGAUUCUGUACCUGUCACUCUCACGCUUGAGCCACGUGAUUGGAUGAGUUUGGAGGAAGGAGGGACGGUGCUCAGUCCCAGAGUAAAAACAGAGCAGAAAGAACAACCUGUGCUGCGGGGGUAUGAGGUGGAGCUGAAGAGGAAGCCAGGUGAAGGCUUUGGAUUUGUUAUCGCCUCUCAGGAUGUGGAAAAUGUCAAAGCAGCGUCUCUGCUGCCUCACAGGUUUGUGACGGUACGCAGAGGCAGCCCGGCGGCUCGCAGCGGUCAGAUCAGGCCUGGGGAUCGUCUGGAGGCGGUGGAUGGGAGAUCAGUGGUGAAUUUACCUCACAGAGAGCUGGCUCAGAUCCUGAGGAGGGCUGGAAACACACUCCGCUUGACCAUUGUACCCCGCUCCAGCGCUCAUUCCUCAGAGCGAGCAGAUAAUGACUCUGAUUAUAAGAACAAGAAAUCUCACAGGUCAAAACCAAAGCAGGAUGCCACGCGGUACUACAGUGUGGAACUGGAGAGAGGGCCCACUGGAUUCGGCUUUAGUUUGAGAGGAGGAAGUGAAUAUAACAUGGGCCUCUAUGUGCUGGGACUGAUGGAAGGAGGACCGGCCUCACGCAGCCACAAAAUUCAGGUGAGCGAUCAGCUGGUGGAGAUCAAUGGAGACAGUACAACAGGAAUGACUCACAGUCAGGCUGUGGAGCAGAUCCGGACCGGAGGAAGCAGGAUACACCUUGUGUUCAAAAGAGGAAAUGGAUACGUCCCUGACUACGACCGUGAUCACGUCACAGCCGUCUCCUCCUCACCCCAGGCCCUGCAGUCGGGUUUGGCUUCAGUAGGCCGUCGCCGUGCUCAACAGGAUGCCACAUCCAGCGUUCAAAAACCAGGGAAGACCAACAGAGGGCGGAGAGUGCAAAGGGAGAGUGAAAGUGACGGAGGAGACCGCGAGAGCCCUGACAGUCUCGAGGGCAGCAGUCAGGGCAGGGGGCGAAGGUCGAGAGACAAAAGGUCACAGAGCUUGCCUAGAAACACACUAAGAGGACAUAGUGAAGAAAACUUGGAGAGAAGUGUUGAAAGAAAUGGGAGAAAGAAGGAAAAAGGUAACGAGAGAAGGGAAGACAGGUCAGGACGGAGCAAGAGCGAGGAGAGGGUGAGACGGGUGGAGAGAAAGAGCGAAGGAGACAAGAGCAAGAACACACAAACCAUCAAUAACCAGAGACUUCCUGAGCCGAAACUGCAGUGGGAGGAAGAUGAGGAGGAGGACGAGUGGGAGAGAGAGACUGAACAAGAGUGGACGAGAGAGAGAGAAAGGCUGAAAGACAAAGAAUGGGAGAGGGAGGAGAGGAAAUCGGAGAACGACAGGGAAUGGGAAAGAGAAAAUGAGAGUAUGACGAAUAAGGAAGAGCUUGAGUGGGAGCUGAACAAAAAAACUGAGGGAGAGAUUCCAGAUGAAUUGAAUGGGGAGCAAGAAACGAGUUUCCAUAAGCGCCUGCGUUCUAUGGGCGUCCGUGUGCUACCUUCAGACAUUCAGCCCCGCACACUUCGACCCUUAUCUGGCCUCUCAUCGGAAAGGCCGACAGGGGACGCUGAGUUAAAUCAGACCCCGUUUGCUUUCCUCACGUCUCAGCCGUCCGACUAUGCAGAGUCCGAGUCAGGAGCCAGUGUCUCUGAGUGUAGCAUUUCUGCAGCCAGUAUUUCUGGUCUCUCUGUGUAUCUGAAUGAAAGGCAUAACCCAAAAACCGCACAAAGGGCCCCGGGGCCUCCACUUCCUGGCCCCUGGCUAAAACCCAGCUCACAGAGAAUCAUUAGAGAGCCUGAUAGGAUACGAAUGGUAGGGAAAGGUAGAGGAACAGAAACAUGAUUUAUAAUCUCUUUUACUGUUGAAACAGAUGGGUUUUUUUUUCCGUUUUGUGACAUACAUCUGAGUGAAGCAGAUUAUUAAAAGAAAAAAAUGAAGGCCGGAGACUUGGUUCUGUUUAACCAUUGUUGAUUGGAUGGAGGCAGAUCUGAAUGCAAGCUUGCAGUCGAUUAUAAGAAAGCAGUGAGGUUUAAAUGGACUAAAUGAUUGGGGAAAUCCAUACGACAGCAGAGAGAAGUCUAUUGUUUCACUGGAAGAUCGAGUUAUGACAUUUUAAAUAAAAAUUACGAGGUCUAAAACUUUUUAUUUUUUUUAAAUUAAACAUGCACGGAUUAAUUUUUCACUAUAAAUUUAGUAGAGCUGUUCUGUUCUUCUUUCGAUAUGGCCACUAAGCAGUUUACAAACAUUUACAUUUAUUCAUUUAGCAGGCGAUUUAAAAGUGAGGGGAAAAAAAUUAGUGCUAGCAAUAUUCAUAGUACACAAUGGUAAGUUGCCAAGUUUAAAGUAUAAGUAGUUUAGUGCACAACCAUCCAGAACAUAGAAACACAUUAAACAGCUUUUUGAUGAUGAUGAGUUUUGCUAUACCACUUUUUUCUCUGCUCAUUUAAGCAAUUUUUGAACACUCCCACUCCAGUUUGCUCUCUCAAGCCUAUCUCUCUUCUUCUCUUCCACUUUGUCCUCCACAAAGAAGGUCUGCUGUGAUCAACAAAACAUCUUUUACUUUUCUGCCAGACUGUUUGUUCAGUAUGUUGACUUUGUAAACAGCAAAAUGAUCAUGCUUAGGGCCAAAUAUCCUCAUUAUCCUUCACGGUAGCUCGAGUCCACUUCUUACCUUUAGCACAGCUGUUUUUUCUCUUCAGUACCACUGUGUGAACUCUCUUUAAUCUUUAACAAUACUCCAGAUAAACCAUGGAAAGAUGAUAUGAUUACAUUUCUACAGAGCAAAUAUUGAAUGAUGAUUACACACUACCUUUCAAAAGUUUGGGGUCAGUAGGUUUUUUUUUUUUUUUUUUUUUUUAAGACUUUAAGACAUAAAUCUUUUUUAAAUAAAUGCUGACCUUUUGAACUUUCUAUUAAUCAAAGAAUGUGGGGAAAAAAGUAUCACUCUUUCCACAAAAGUAUUAAACUGUUUUAAACAUUGAUAAUAAUAAGAAAUGUUUCUUGAGCAGCAAAUCAGCAUAUUAGAAUCACAGGAUAAAUUACAUUUUAAAAUAUAUUAAAAUAGAAAACAGUUAUUUUAAAUUGUAAUAAUAUUUCACAAUAUGUCUGUUUUUACUGUAUUUUUAAUCAAAUAAAUGCAGCCUUAUCGAGCACAAGAGACAUUAAACAUUAAAAAAAUCUUAGACCCCAAACUUUUGAACAACCCAAGAUUUCAUGUUCGAAACAUUAACUUUAAACAAUUUGUGCAACACUGCUAAGCUUUUUUCCCCUUCAAAUAAUCAUUAAGUUCUCUGCUAAACUGCAUUUUAAGGAUGAUUGUAUAAUUCAGCAUUCUUGUGAAUGGUGUGUAAACAUGUAAACUUAAACUAUUAAGAGGACAUAUUUGUCACACUCCAAUAGGAGUUUCCCCUGAAACCAUUAUAAUAAUGACAUUUAUGUUUUGUUAUUCAUGCAUUUAUAUAUAAAUUAUUAUUAUUAUAUUCAUCUUGUGCCCUCUGGGUCUCUGACAUCUCAGGAAGCAGAUAUAUAAACUGUAUUUUUUAUUAUUAUUAUUAUUAUUAUUAGGCCCCAUAUACACCUUCAAAAUGCCCCUUAUUGCCUUUGUAAAGACUCUUCUGCUGACCUUGGUCUCUGUGACCUCAGAAAUCUCUAUUAAGUAAGAAUGAAAUGUCAUGAUUCAUAUUUUUAAAGGUUUUCUUUUGAGUUUUUCUUUUAUGCCAUUUACAAGAAAAAUAAUAUAUUGAUUAUAUAUGGAUGCAUUUCCUGCAGCUAUUAAAGUAUGAUUAACACAAAUACAAAGAUUAACUCUCUCAAUCCAACUUCUGUAAAGAGAAUAUACAGUUUAUAUGAAUAUCAUAUGAAGUAUCUGUAUUUAUUUGAAAUAUAAAGAGUAAUUAAUAGAAAGGACAAAGAGAUGCUUUCUGCUCUUGGCAGUUUUAUCCCUGUCAACCCAAAAAGGACUAUUGUGCUGAACAUUUGUACUGAAAAUAUAAGUUGGAUGCAAUAUUGAGUGGCAUUGUGCCAAGCCUGAAAAACCUCUUUAGUUUAAUGCACUAGGGUCUUUCUCUUUAUCUUUAUUGGUGAAAGCUUGCUAGUAAAAGUGAGAGAGAGGUUGACUGUAUUAUGCGCUUGUUAACUGUAGAUAUACUGAUGAUAUUUUAGCAUUUAACCUAAGAACUGUGCCUACUACUUAUCAGUUGUUUUCCUUCAUUCAUUUUUUGCUGAUCAUUAAGUUUCUAAUCUGUCAUCAAUCCCAAAUAUCACCCAAUAUUGUUCAUUCUGUGUGUCUCUCUCUAGCAGAACUUGUACGCACAUUUAAACUAUGCAUAAGGCGUUGUCAUUUUAGAUCAUUGGUACAGCAGUGUAUUCUGUGCAGCCCAGCAGGUCUGGGAUCAAGAUGAAGUCAGUCUGUUGUUGGUGGUCCAUGCAUCUUUAAACAUAUCAUAAUAUUCAGAGUAUGAGCCAAUGCCACAUAAGCUUUCACUAACAAAUCCUACGCCACUAUAUUUAUUACAUGUUGAAUCCGAAGGGUCCAUUUUAGAGUCUCACAUUGUCUUUAUGUCCAUACUAAUGUCUAUGGCCAUAUGUACCGAUUGUAAAUAUAUAAAUAUAAAUAUAUUAUUAUAAUUAUAUAUACAUAUAAUAUUAUGUUUCUAUUAUGAUUAUAUUGUUAUAAUCUAUUGUAACCCAAAUGCAGGUAACAAAUUAUAUAUAAGAGUUAUAAUAAACAUUAAUGUAUCUACCUGA